CGUGCUCAUUUCCGGCUGGUUUAUGUAACAAGCAGAGAAUAUUACAGCUGUUUUAUGUCAGUAAAUAACGACAAAAAUCUGCAGUCGAUUUCAUAAUGCUUAGCUCGAGGAUCAUAACGAGACUUGGCAGCUCUCCUUGUCCGGUAAGUGUUAUCUGUGAUGCAAAUAUACAAUGCCUAUGAGAAGCUCCUUUAUGACUUCCUCCUUAUACUGAUCUAAGGGUGGUUCACUUGUCUGACUUUCAAGGGGCCAAGAGUGUACUGUCACUAUCGUAUUUUGCAAAUAUAUCAAACAAUUGGUUUAAUCCAUUCACUUCCAGAAUUAAGACCACUUAAUUAUCAUGAUGGAGUCUUAUAAGGUCGUCGUUAAAUUUAUUAUUUUUUAGCACUUUACCAAGUGAAAUUUGGAAUUUUGUUGCACUUUGACUUUGGCUACUUUUGGAAGUGACAGGGUUCAGAGCCCAAUACUAUUGGUCACUCAUGAAGACAGGACAUUCGGGUCUAGUGAACCAUAUAUAAACUUGAGCCAUCAAGUCAAAUAGCAUGUACAUGUAUGUGUCUUUCCCAUGAAAGCGAAAUUCUAUGAUUGGAGCAUCGAAAACACUUGCUUUCUUUAGUUUGCUUCGUAAGCUUUCCUUGUGCUCUCCCACCCUCUUGCGUGGGUUCAUUUUUACUGGUAAACCAAGUCAACUCACUCUUAUUGGACACCUCCCCAUAACAGAUACCUACUUUAAUGUAGUUGGUCCCUGUCAUUUUUCAGUCAUUUUCUUUGACUGUCCAUACUAUGGACACCUCUGUAAGACUGACCAUUACAGGAAGUACCAAGGGUGACCAUUGCAGAAAAAGCUGACUCAGUUGUUGCUGAAUUAAAUUGCAGGUUUUUCAGCCAACAAGGUUUGCUGCCAGAACAAUGGCGUAUGGCUAUAGCAGGACAAAGAGAAAACAGUUACCUGUUAAUACAGUAAGUAGCAAGUACGAUCAUAUAGACUUGUUUAAUAUAAGUUAAAAAUUCCUCUCAGGUUAAAUCAGUAUAAAUCUGCGAUAAGUCUUUUUUUUUUUGUUUUGAGAAGAGAGAGGGGAAAAUGCCUGACACAGUGUAUAUUUUUCUACACAUGCCAACACCCCUCUCCCCACUGUUUCUUUAAAUAAAUUUACGCCUGGUUAACCUGUCAUUAAAUCAUGCUAUAAAUCAAAGUUAUACCUUUUAAAUGUAUGUACCUGUUGCGUGGUACGUAACUGUAUCAUUUACUUGAUAGAAAAUUACCUGUUGGAAAAGAAUUAAUUUUUAAACUAAUAUCUUUUAUUUUAGGUUAUAAAAUUUGUUCCUCAACAAGAGGCUUGGGUUAUUGAAAGGUUUGGUAAAUUUAACAGAAUUUUAGAGCCAGUAAGUUGCAUGUACAGAUUCUCAAUUUAUUAUAAUAAUAUUAUUGUUAUGUUGUAGUUCUGUUUUUUGGAUGUGUGUACACGCUGUACCUGUUGUACCCUUUAAACCCAAAGGCAGCAACAUAUUAUGAAUGUGUUAUUCCUUCUUGUUAUUAAUUAUGUUCAAAUUAUAUCCUCAGACAAAAAAUGCAAUCAAAGUUUGCACAAAGCAUGAGAGAGUCCCCUCCCUUGAUCCAGUUCCAGAAACAUUUUGAAUUCCCUGCUUGUUAUAUACUGGCCAGAAUUUCAUUUUUCAGGGCCAGAAUACCAUACCUCACAAAAUGUGAUUGAUAAAAAUUGACCCCACAAAAAGAAAACUGUAAAAUGUCAAACAAUUUUCUUUUUCUCCUUAUUCUCAUAUGAUCCAGGUCACUGCAGCUCCAGUAGUGAUUUAAUGAAAAAUCCAUGAAUAUAUUGGAUGUACAUACAAGUAGCAGUGCAUGUAGAAGAUAGAGAACUUUCACUUGGUAUACAUCAAUGUAAAUUAUAGAGGAAGAAUAAAAAUGAAUAUUAGUAUCAUAAAGUAUUAUUAUAAUAUAUAAAUGUAUCCCAAUUAAUAUUAUUUUACUCUUUUCAUUGCCAGGGGCUAGCCAUUCUCUUACCUAUUAUUGAUGACAUCAAGUAUGUACAAAGUUUAAAGGAGGUAGCCAUUGAAAUUCCUUCACAAUCUGCCAUCACACUUGGUAGGAAUUUAUAUCAAUUUUGUACUUUUAAUCUCUUCUUUUUUUCACAUACACAGUUUAAUAGGUAAAUUUAGUUCAGCAGCAUUUCUAGGAGAGCCCUGCCCCCAGUUUUGGUGGCCAGCUGAGGCUUUGGGCAGGGGCGCACAUGUACUUCCUUGCAUUGUUACUGUCCAGCCAGAUCAAGCAUCUCCCCCAAGAUCCCAUUCCUGGAUUUAUUAUUUGAAAGUAGAAUCUGUUGGUAGUUGUAGAUUCAUCUCCACAUUCUUGCAUGCGUAAUGAGCUGUGAAUUCUCACACGAGGCAGUUGCAACAUUUCUACCUGAUCAGUUUCUCUGAAUUUGAUGUAAGUGUCUUCUUACUUUACUUCACUUAAAUAGUUUGCCAGUACAAAGGAUUAUAAGUAUUGACAGGAAAACCCAAAACAGGAAACUAGUGCCCUCACUGAAGGGUUUCCUAAGACUCACUAUAGAUAAAAAUUAAAACAGCUAAAAAAAGUCUUAAAUACCUAAACAAGUGGUAAUUAUGUAAAAUAAUUAAAAUUAUGUAAAUUUAUUGUAAGGUUAUUAAAAUUAGAUUAAAUUGAAUUAUUAUUAUUUUCUAAGAAAUUUAAUCAAUUCAAAGAUUUUCAAUCUGACCAAAUACAGACAAGUUCUCGUAAAAUAUUCACUUUUUAUUACACAUACAGGAAUGUCGAUUUGAAUUUGACACUGGUUACAGGAACAACUAAUGGUUCAUUUUUCAAAUAAUCAGUUCAUUAAUAGAAUCGUAGGGGAUAUGCUUGACCUGCCUUGACUGUAACAAAUGGUUUUGUUGUUCAAAACAGGAGAAAGAUACAGUGAAUACUAUUAGAUGGAUCUUGUUGAACAGCACUGUGCACCACUUGGCACAAAGGACAAUGAUGAUGAUGAUGAAUUUUAUCCAGACCACCUACAAAGUAUGUUAUAUAAUACUUACAUUUUUCUUUUUCUCUUUAGAUAAUGUUACUCUUCACCUUGAUGGAGUAUUGUACUUGAGAGUGACUGAUCCAUUCAAGGUUUGUUUUUUUUGUCUGAGGCAAACUUGUUACAUAUAUAGGCCAUCAACUCUAACAUUGUUUCACACAGUAAGUAUUAAAAGAGUGCGGUCUAUGAGGAAAAACACAUGAAAAUCCAAAAUAUUAGUUAAUAUAACCAUAAUAAUUGAAUACAGAAAUUUCCUUUAACAUGUUUUGAAUGGUUCUUAUCAUUUAUUAAGGUUAAGUAGUCCAGGAAAUACCUGUCCUUUUGGUGCCAAACUAUACAGACUGAAGAGUUUAACAUUAAGGUGUUGCAUACAUGCAACAAUGUAACAAGGUACCAGACAUUUUUUCAUGAAAACCUCAUCAAUUUGAAUUGCCACUUGAAAGUACGUGUGUUCUGGCAGCUUAAUGCAGCAAGCAGUAUCUUUACUCAUAUACUGUCUGUGGACUUUUUCAGCUGCAAAACCUAAACAGUUUGCCCCUUUCUUGAUGCAUUCUUUAAUAAUGCGGCAAGACGAAGCAAACAGACAUUAAACCAACAGAAGUUAAUGAUCAACAUUAUUUAAUGUGUUUUGUCCCCAUGCAUGGUUUGGUGACUUCUGCAUUACCAUUGUCAUUAUGUAGGCAUCAUAUGGAGUUGAAGAUCCAGAGUUUGCAGUCACUCAGUUGGCACAGACAACCAUGAGGUCUGAGUUGGGUGAGUGAAGUAUAACUCCACAACCAUCACAUAACCAUCAUGGUUUGAACCUGACCUAUGUUCUUAGUGGUAUACAAUGUUUCUGCAAACAGUGUGAACACACCAGCCUCUUUUUGCUAUCCACAACAUUUAGUAGAGAGUUCUCCAAUGGUAGAACAGUCAAAAUCCAUACAACAGAACCGCAAUUGCCACACCAAUUAUUUUACUGUUUAAUUUCGCUUGACUGAGACCAGAGGUUUACACAAAAGUCUGAUUGUCAAAUUAAGGGGGCCCGCAAUGCAAUACAGCUGUAGUUUCACGAAAACCUAUGGCAGGUCAAGUUUCACAUUAACUUAUUAAAUUAUUCGGUUCUUUAACAAGUAGUAAGGAUUACUGAGAGAAAGCUAUCUCUGAAAAGCUUGAAAAGAUUUUUUACGUACUCAUGAUCAUCAAUCCACAAUGUCCUGUAGAUCUGGUGGCUGUAAUAAUUCCAUUGAUCAAUUAAUUGUUAUGGAGUUGACCUUUCAUAAGCAUCCUCCAAUCAAAAACCAAGAUGCCAAGAUGUGGUGGUCGCUUACAUGGAGUGGUCUCUUACUACAAUGGUCUAUGGAAAGUUAAAUAAUUUAACACACCUCUAUAUAUUUCUUCUUGUGGCUUUGCUGGAGCUCAAGCCUUGUCCCCAGUUGUUUCUUAUUGAAGCUCUUUCUAGCUAGUGACACCGUGCUUGUUGUGAAGAUGACUUGGGACUGUAGAAUGAUAUCGUUUGCUUUCCCUACAGGAAAGAUCAGUUUGGACAAUGUAUUUCAAGAAAGAGAAAGAUUAAACCACAACAUUGUAGGUGAGAGCAUAGUCUAAGUAGACCACGAGUCACCCAGCUAAAAACAGACCUUAAGAAAGUUCAAUGGUCACAAAAUAAAAGCAUUUUUGAUCUUCAUUUUUUUUUUUCCUUAGAGUACGGCAAUAACAUAAGUAAACAUUUAACACAUUAUUAGUUUUGAAAUCAUUAAUGUUUUUGCGUUUAGUUUACUAAAUGUCCAGCAUUAUAUAAAAAGUUAAUUUAAUAUGACUUUGUGCAAUAGUAUCAGAAAAUGAUACUUUUUGAUAGUUACGGUGUAACUUAAUUUUUAGAGUAGACCGUGGCAUUUUCAAGGGAUUUGCAUCAAACUGUUAAAAUUGUACAAUUACUUUAAUUUGGGUUAAAUUUUCAUUCUUUAGUACUGUUUGUGUACUUUUUAAGAUUAUAUACUGGAUGCUUAUCAAUCUUUUCCUUACAGAGGCCAUAAACCAUGCAGCAGAAGUCUGGGGGAUAAGUUGUUUGAGAUAUGAAAUUAGUAAGUUAUAGUUUAAACUUAAAUGUACACUGUUUUGAUAACUGCAUGUUGGGGACCUACAUGAUAGCCGGUCCCUACCCCAACAUAGAGCAUAAUUAUUUGAGACAUUGCAUGGAAUUUUAGGCAAAGUCAUCACUUACACUCCAAUAUUGCGUAGCCACAUCAAUGCCUAAAAUUGCUGUUGGUAUUUCAUUGAAUGCCUAUCUUGCAAGUAGGCUCCUUGUGGGGUCUUGUAGAGGUUUUGUGUUCGCUUUUCACACGAGCAAGUUGUUUUUCAGCUCGUCUGAUGUUGGCGCAAAAUUCCACGUUGGAGAGCUUACUCAAAUACAGCGAAUCUCAUGCAAAUACUGAGUACAAGUCAACAACUGCCGUGUCAUUUUCUUGCAGGGGAUAUUCAGCUGCCUCAGACAGUAGUAGAAGCCAUGCAAAUGCAGGUGAACUUGUGCAGCGGUCACUCUCUUUGUGUUUUUUCAGUGGUUGAACGUGAUCCUUCAUAACUACGUGUAUCACUAAUCUUUUUCUUGUUUUAGGUGGAAGCUGAAAGAAAAAAGAGAGCUGCUAUAUUACAGUCAGAAGGUGAGUUUUUGAUUGCACGGUUUUACCAUGUACUUCUUGGUUUUACAUUUGGUGAAAUGAAACUAAAACGAUGCGAGAUUUUGAAGCCAUCACAAAGAUACAUGUAAUAAAUUACAGAUCACAGCAUUCUGAAACCUCUUCAUAAUUCAUUCUUGCACAGGUGAAAGGGAAGCUGCCAUCAACGUAGCGGAAGGAAAGAAACAGAGUCAAAUUUUAGCCUCGGAAGCGAGAAAGAUGGAGCAAAUCAAUCUUGCAACAGGUAAACAACAAUGUUUUUAUCGUUUAAUCUUUGUGAGAAAAUUACCACAACUUCUGCUGAAAUAGUAUGUAUCUCUUAAGUUGCCAUUGUUGAACGGAUGUUCAACAACACAGUGAUUAGACAUCUUUUUAUAUUUUUAGGUGAAGCAAAUGCCAUUAUUGCUAAAGCCAAAGCACGUGCUGAGGGAAUUCAGAGAGUUUCUCUUUCGUUGCAAGAAAAGGUGUUUAUCAUCAUUUAUGUACAUUGUAUAAAGCUUUCUAUGCGUUAAUGUAUUAUUCAUUUAUGCAUUUAUACAUUUAUUUAUUAUUUUAUCGUGGACUUCAAUCAGCACUAUCUCAGUUCAUCAAGAGGAUGGCUUGUAUCCUUGCUCACCUACAUUUAUUUCACGUAGGAAGAAUUAUGGCGUUAACUGAUGAAACCCUGUCGAGUUUUUUCGAGCCUGCUUGUUGAAUUAGUAGUUAUUCCGUAAGAAAUUUGAAUUCAAAUUAUUGAUUAGGAUAAGAUAGUUUCCAAAAGCUGUUUUGGUAAUUGUUAGCCAGUGAUGGGUUGUUAAGUAGAAAGCAUAGUGCUAUGGUUAACUAUUUUUCUUGUGAUUUUAGUUGGGAGAGAGGGCAGCCAGUCUCAAUGUUGCUGAACUAUAUGUGACUGCAUUCUCCAACUUGGCCAAGACUAAUAACACCGUGGUUCUCCCUGCAAAUGUAGGAGACCCGGCUUCUAUGGUAGCGCAGGUAAGCUGGAAGAGAUAAUUAAAUCGGGAAGUAAAGGAGAAGGCUAACGUCAUUUCCAAAAGAAAAAAUCUUCCUCACUACUCAUACAGCAAGACUUCGGUAUUACAUCAUUAAUCUGGGCAAGUUCCUUACUGUCUGAACAGAAAGGGCGGGUAAUAAAUUAUACUGGCUUAAUUCCCAUUUCUCUCCCUUGUUUAAACUUGGAAUUUGAUCACUUAUUGCACCGGACCAUAGCCGAACCAGUGCUGACAAAUAGAAAGCGCCCUUAGAGCCGUCAUAGGUCUUGAAAUCGUCUUCUUUUCACGUCCGUGAGGUCGUUUCCUAUCUCUCAACCAGGCUUUACAUGCAAGUAUUUCUAAGGUAAUUCCUCCCUUCAGAGCAUUCAUAAAUAUAAACUUACACUCUUCAUUUCAUUUCAUGCCAAUCCUGCAAGAACUAGGUAUCAGAGACUCGAACAACAGCUUAAAACAUGCAAUGGAAUUCUAAGAAUAUUCAUUAGCUUGUUGGUCAUUAUGCCAGAACUGGCUCACAUAGCAGCCCUGAUCUUAACUAUCUUAUAAUAACAAACUGUGUCUUUUUUGUACCAUGUUGUGAAUUAUCUGCUGCAAUAUUAACGGUGUGUCGCUAUCUCGGUGUGUUCUUUCAUAACGUAACGAGACGAAACACACCCACAUGCAGUGUAACUGAGAAAACGUCUUUCCCCUUUUACAUCGUUGUUUUUAGCGAUGAUUGUUUUUUUCUAAGCUUAAACACAGUCAAGGCAGCACCAGACACACGCCCUUAGUGUGCGGUUCAUAAAAAUAGGCGUCCGCCAUCCUGUGGUUUAAAGAUGAUGAGUUUCAUUUUGCCAGAGGAGACUAUGGCCAAAUUUUACUUGCUAGAACUGCACGACCAGCGCUUAUAAGAACGUGCGUAAACGAUCUGCGUAAAAUAAUCAACAAUCUUGUUCCCAGGGUUUCUUUUCUUCGUCAAUCCCAGGGACCCUGGAAACGAGUUUGACUGAAGAAGAACGGAAAGGAAUAUAUGUUGCCGAUGUCAAUAUAUGUUGUCCGUGUUUUGACCAGGAAAAACCAUCUCGUUACAAUCAUAAGCGAGGACUCUGGAAAAAGCAUAAGGGUGAAAUCAAAAGUUUUUUCUCUGGUGUUGCGGCCUGUGUUCGAUUUAGACUCGAAAUUAUUUUAUCAAUGUUUGCUUUAAUUCCUGCGUAUUGUUAUGUCAGUUAAAGGUUAUGGGAAACGUUUUUUGGGAAAACAGGCUUCUACGACUUAUUAUACUCGAUGCACCCGUGGUUUGUUUUGGACUCAAUUCUCUGUUUUACUUCCAGGCUAUGGCAGUAUAUGGACAACUAACCGGAAAACCAAUUAAUGACCCUCCCACCCCACCCUCCGGGUUACCGGGUGGUACGCCAGAGCACACGGGACCGAGUGAUGAUGGAACAACGGGUGGUAGUGUAGAGAGCUCGAUAAAACCAAAAACACCUGUCUCAUCAACACAAGCAUUUAGAGAAGUAGAAGGUUCAAAAGACUCGCAAAUGAAAUGGAGCCCACCUGGUGCCGCGGGUUUCAGAAAGCCGGGAAGCCCAACCACAGCACACUUUACUGCCGCUACGUCACCAACGAGAUCACGUGACUUCUCUUGAUUUAG